AUGGCGGCCCCAUUCAAGGCGAAACACCACGAAAUGGGUGCAUCACGCUCGCAAGCUAGCCAAAGCUCAGCAGAUCCAGAAGAGGAUCUGCCUAGCGCCCGCCUUCGACCUUUGCGAAGAUCUGCAGCUAAUGCCGCUUCGCCGAUUCGCAAGCAUGCACGCAUUGAUCUGGGUUACGUCUCUGAUAUCGCAGAAGCAUACGAUUCCCACGACGCAGACGAGCUAGACGGCGAGGGUGUCGAAUACGCUCCGUUCGACACGCAGAUGCAAUAUGGACAGAUGGACGAGAUUCCGUCCGAGAUUCCAGAUUGCCAGAAUAUUGGCAUCCUGAAUGAUCCUGAGCCAGAAUACAACGGGCAUUAUGCCCAUCUGGCCAGCCACAUCGAGACAGUCAGGUUCUCCCCUUUGGUUAAUGCAGCAUGCAUAGCUGAGCACGAGAGCGGAUCAAAGUGCGGCAGCGUUUUCGUCGAGCAAGCUCGAGACUACUGGACAGAAUUGUUCCAUAUGUCCCUCUGCAGCAUGCCAGAAAGAGUCGUCAAAGAGCUCACGAGCGGCAACCUGAAACAAGCACACUUGACAGCUUUGAGGAGCGCGCAAAGUCACACCCGUGCAUAUACGUACGAUCCCUGA